GUCGAACCUGCCCACUCGCGCAACACACUUGCUCUUUUCUCCAAGUGUUUUUUCUGCCAAGCUGCGAACCUUUAACAAAGAGAUAAACAUCGCAAAGAAUUGUGGAAUAAAGUGUGCCCGAACUGAAGCGAUCGAAAGCGAUUUGCCCCUGUCGUCCGUAGCGUUCGAAGCUGUGGUGUACGUGUGCCCACAAUAUUGCAGCGUAUUCGUACGUGUGCAGCAGUAAUUGUUCUGUGUUAUGCGUAUUUCGCAGCUCAAGUACGCAGUGAAACGCUAGUCACAACAGUGAUCUCUCCCUUCUCGUGUGUGCGUGUGUGUGUGUGUGAAGAGGCAACAUCAAAAAGAAUCCCAACGAAGAAGGUGGCCCCAGUCGUGUGUGAUAACAUAUUUCGUGAACUCCACGUAAUUCCCGUCGGUUCGAAGUUCGAAGCUACCGUGUAUCGGCCUUAAAUCAUCCUAUCAUCCUUCCCGAGCAGAGUGCGUCACCGCAAAGUUUGUUCUACGCCAAAAGAUGUCGUACGCUUACUUGUUCAAAUACAUCAUCAUAGGAGACACAGGCGUCGGCAAGUCCUGCCUACUGCUGCAGUUUACCGACAAACGGUUCCAGCCGGUGCACGAUCUGACGAUCGGUGUCGAGUUCGGGGCCCGCAUGAUCACGAUCGACGGCAAGCAGAUUAAGCUACAGAUCUGGGAUACGGCCGGCCAGGAAGCGUUCCGGUCGAUCACGCGCUCGUACUACCGCGGUGCAGCCGGUGCACUGCUCGUGUACGACAUUACGCGCCGCGAAACGUUCAACCACCUGACGACCUGGCUGGAGGACGCUCGGCAACACUCGAACUCGAACAUGGUCAUCAUGCUGAUUGGCAACAAGAGUGAUCUUGACUCACGCCGCGAGGUAAAGAAGGAGGAAGGGGAAGCGUUCGCACGCGAGCAUGGGCUGGUGUUUAUGGAAACGUCCGCCCGUACAGCGGCCAACGUGGAGGAAGCGUUCAUCAACACGGCAAAGGAAAUCUACGAGAAGAUCCAGGAGGGUGUCUUCGAUAUCAACAAUGAGGCUAACGGCAUCAAGAUUGGCCAGCAGCACUCCCCGACGAGCCCGUCGCUCGGCAGCGGCAACAGCCCAGGCGGACCGGCUAGCAGUGGUUGCUGCUAAGCGUCGUGCCGCCAGCCACCGACCAUUAUAAUGUGCAAUGCCGUACCCGACGAUGGUCCACCGCUGGGCCGAAGCUGGGAUGAAAUCAAGUAAACAGUUGGGGUUUAACAACAGGGGCGAUUGGAGUCAACGGGCGGCAGCAGGCGACGGGGAAAAGAAGUGGUUGCGUAUUUAAGCGUUCUCGCGGGUGUCCUUACGCACGCUGCGCGCCGACCGCUCGGACACGCAACCGAAGGCGAUCAAACGGAGAAUCAGAUCAGAUUUGUAACACAGUUUGGGGCUGCAAUUUCCUUUCCCUCCACAGCAACACGAACAGCAAAAAAAAAAAAAACAAAGGCAGAAGAAGCAAAAAGGAAUAGCAACAAAGUGAACACUAUGCGUCUUGUACGAUCGUACGCCUGUUCGGGUGGACAAAAGGGGGGAUAAGUAAAAUAACACAUCCAACAGCAACAAAACUAGCUGAUGGAAAGUGCGUGUGUGUGUGCAGCAUAUUGGUAGCAAAACAACAACAACAAAAAAACGGGCCGAAAAAGGAGAAACACUGAAAAAAAAAAAACAAACCUAAACUAAACCAAAACCAAUUCCAAUCUUGUGAUGGGGAAUAUGUGUGUAAGUGUACGGUGUGAAAAAGUAACCAAGAAAGAGCGAGAGGAAAGGCGAAAAAUGUGCGAAAAUGAACAAUAAAAACGAGAUAAAAGACCACCAGAGAAAAAAAAACCGACCCAAAAGACACAAGAGUACAACAAGGGGGCACAUGGAAUAUGCAGGAAGAAACCAACUCACAGAAAGAUGGAGCGAAAUGGGGGAGGGGAGGGGAAACGAAAUGGGACGGACGGUGGAAGAUGAUCGCCUGGGAAGCCCCGUUUGAGCGCAUGCAAGCAGAGUGUGGAACGAAACGACGCGCGGUGUACUAUUUCGGGGGGUGGAUUGGCGGCUGUAAACUACUACUAACUAAAACGUAAAUAUUUUUACUCUUAUCAAACCCACACACACACUCCACACAUUUCUCGUACACAGUGGCUUUCGAAUGGGGGGGAGAGAAGAAAA